UCGACUACCUGUUCCACCGCUGGUCUUUAAUCACACCUCUCAGGUUUUCAGUUUCAACUAUGGUAAGUGCUCCACCUGUGUACACAAAGUGUGACAAAAAUGAGCUUCGACUCAGUGAAACUUAAUCGACUGUAGAGUGUAUGUGGGUGUAUUCUCUCUGGUUUGAGCUUGAUCGCCGUGGUUCAGUGGGUUUAGUCUUUGUCACAGCCCCUUCGUGAAAGGUGCUGUCACAGAUUAGUGCGUAUUUUGGCCACAUUGCUGUGCUGCUGCACAGUUGCGUGGAGAAAUCUUUAGGUUGUGCACUGUUUCCAUCGAGAGGCACGUGACCUGCGGUUAAAGGGAGGUAUAAAACUGAGAGGCUGUUAACCAGCUGUACUUCCCAGACGAGCAGAGCUGUGCCUGAGAAGUUGAUUUCAGCAUCAGGUAAGUGAUUAAUUGCAACGCCACAAAACUGUAGAAAAUUUACAGUGCAUUCACUAUGGAACUUUUAAGCCUAAUUUUCACCAUUUCAUUCAUAUUUUAUCCCUGUUUUACAAGAUUAAAAUGUCUUUUGGUCUGUUGUUUUAUAUCAAUAUAUUUUGAUUCCUUGUAGAUAACAUGGGCGAUACAACAACAUCAACAUCUACGCCCUUUACCACCCUUGAUUUCUCAGACUAUGACAUUGAGUCUACUGAAAACGCAGGCAUGUGUAACAGAAGCUGGGUCAGGGAGUUUCGAGGCCAGUACGAACCACCGCUCUUCGUGAUCAUCUUCAUCCUGGGUGCCGUAGGUAACCUGUUGGUGGUUUGGAUCUGCACCACUAUGAAAAACCGCCAAACAAUGACCGACGUGUACCUGCUAAACCUGGCUGUGGCUGACCUCCUCUUCCUGUCCACGCUGCCCUUCUGGGCUGUCGAUGCCAUCAUGGGAUGGGACUUUGGCAUCGCUAUGUGCAAAAUUGUGUCCGCUGUUUACAAGAUCAAUUUCUUCAGCAGCAUGUUGAUACUCACCUGCAUUAGUGUUGACCGCUACAUUGCUAUUGUGGAAGCCACCAAGGCUCAAAACUAUAAGGAAAAGAGGUUUUACUACGGUAAACGUGCCUGUGUAGGUGUCUGGUUUGUCUCCUUUCUUCUGGCCCUCCCUGAGUUUAUCUUUGCCGAAGUGAAGAAAGACCAAAGCGAUCAGUCUUUCUGUGUUCUGGUGUACUCGAACAAUGAAGACAACCAGACUAAGAUCCUGGUGCUGUCCCUGCAGAUCUGCAUGGGCUUCUGCCUUCCUCUACUUGUAAUGUUCUUUUGUUACCCUGUCAUUAUUCACAAACUUCUGCAGACCAGGAGCUUCCAGAAGCAUAAGCCCCUGCGUGUCAUCUUUGCUGUGGUGUUUGUGUUUAUUCUCUCUCAGCUGCCUCACAACAGUCUAUUGAUACUGGAGGCCUCUCAGGCAGCUAAUACUACCAUCACUGCAUGUGACACUGUGAAACGUUUUGAUAUAGCUGGACAGAUAGCCAAGAGUCUGGCGUACACUCACGCCUGCCUGAACCCAAUCCUAUAUGUCUUCAUCGGAGUCCGCUUCAGACAAAACCUCCGGAGGAACAUGGAGAUGUGUGCAGGCAGGGGCGAAGAAAGGCAAAAUUCAAUCCAGUUAGCUUACAAAGGUCCCUCUGUCAUGUCAGAAACUGACACUUCUGCCGCUGUUUUCUCAUAAAUCACCAUUUUCCUAAAAUCCUACUCCUGAGACCUGAACGUGCAGUUCCACAUGAUUAUCUUUUACUUGUUGGGAGUAAAAUAGUCUACAUUCUGGGAGUGCGGAUAUCGAUGCUUUGUAUAAAAUGUAUAUUACUAUAAAAACUUUUUUAUUUUGUGUUAUACUAUACUAUACUUUUUUUGAGUGUUUGUGUUGUUACAGUCUUUCCAUCAUGUAU